GCCGCCAGAUGGCGCACGACACCCACGAAUGAGGAGGAAAGCUUCCCAAGAACAGAAUCCUUUUUUCUUUAAUUCUUAUUUAUUUAUUUAUUUUACACAAAUUUAUGUCCACAGCUUAUGAUAUUAUUAUUAUUAUUAUUAUUAUUAUUAAUGUGGUUAACACAAUUUUUAUGCAUGUUUUUGCAGUAAAAUUGCUUUUUUGCUGUUUUUUUUUUUUUUGCUUCUUCAUAGUCAUUAUUUUCGAGGAAGACAUCUUUAAUAAAGGGGAAGAAAAGAGCUGAUGUGCUUAAAUUAUUGAUGGAUUCCAGUGUUGCUGGAAGGAGUAGGAAAGGAAGUGGGUGGGAGAGUGUAGGGGGGAUCCACUUAUUUGGUUUCCAUAGCACCGCCCUCCAGAGAGCUACAGCUUUCUUCCUUCAGCCCCUGAUUGAUUCAUUUUUUUAAUGCACAUAUACAUAUUUUUUAUUUUUAUUAUUAUUAAUUCAAGGGGAUAUUCAAGCCGAAAUGUGUUUUACUGAAAGCGGCUGUCGAAUGAUCUGACGUUGAUUUGUCUGCAAGCUAUGAUGUUCUUGUCAUCAGCUACAUUUACAGAUGUGUCAAACGCAUCUUUUUUGAGUGUGAUCUCGCGCGCUCGCGCCUGAACGGGGUCCUGGGUGCGCUCAGCAGCUGGACAGAUGUUGGUCGCGGCGCUGCUGUCGCUGACCUCGGUGCUGAACGACGUCAGAUGAACCUGCGCCCACCACAGGAGACACGAGACAGCCUCACUCCCACUUUGAUUUAUUCCAGCUACUUCAAACAGAAACCUUUGCAUCCAAAUCUGUGACUUCAUUUUGUUUUAUUUUUUUAUUAUUCUCCUGUACUGGUUCUGAGGCUCCCUUUGUGUUUUUGUUUCCAGCUCUGACAGACGCUCGCCGUUUCCGUCGUCAUGGCACUUGGCGCGGUUACUUUACGCAAGGCGGGAGAUGAGCUGGAUGAAGGCGCGCACCUCGUUUGAUUCACCUUUCCUUGUAAAAAGGCGUUUGUGCUUUUUUUUUUUUUUUAAUUCUGCGGUGAGAAUCCUCUUCCUGCUGCUGGAUCCUCGCCGGGAUCCACUGGGUUUCUAACUUGGUCUGUUGGUUUGGUACAGUCGCUGCAGUCGGCCAUCCUGCCCUGUAACAUGACGCUGAGGCAGUAAAACAUAUAAAUCUAGUAUUUAGAGAAAACAGGCCAAAACACAGAAACUGGAUAUGGAAUCCAUGAAGACGAAAGCCACGGCGGGGGUCAAGGAAUUCGCGGGGAAGACCCUGAGUCAUAUGUACAGGGUGGUAGAAAGAAGGCAGAAAACCGGGGAGGUGAUCGAGCUGACGGAGGAUGGGCGGCCUCGGGAGGCCGCGGAGAAGAAGCCCCCGCUGUGCGACUGCAGGUGCUUCGGUCUGCCCCGCCGCUACAUCAUCGCCAUCAUGAGCGGCUUGGGCUUCUGCAUCUCCUUCGGCAUCCGAUGUAACCUGGGCGUGGCCAUAGUGGGCAUGGUCAACAACAGCACCAUCCACCAGAAUGGCAAGAUCAUCAUCAAAGAGAAAGCCAAGUUCAACUGGGAUCCAGAGACGGUAGGACUGAUCCACGGCUCGUUCUUCUGGGGCUACAUCGUUACACAAAUCCCCGGAGGAUACAUCUCCUCGAGACUUGCAGCAAACAGGGUAUUUGGGGCAGCUAUCGUCCUGACCUCCACUCUCAACAUGUUCAUUCCUUCAGCUGCCAGAGUCCACUAUGGGUGUGUCAUUUUUGUGAGGAUCUUGCAGGGAUUGGUUGAGGGGGUGACCUACCCAGCCUGUCAUGGGAUAUGGAGUAAGUGGGCUCCACCAUUAGAGAGGAGUCGUCUGGCCACAAUCUCCUUCUGUGGCUCCUAUGCUGGUGCUGUGAUUGCCAUGCCUCUGGCUGGGAUCCUGGUUCAGUACUCAGGAUGGUCCUCCGUGUUCUACGUCUACGGAUGUGUCGGCAUUUUCUGGUACAUGUUUUGGAUUUUGGUGUCCUACGAGAGCCCCGCUGAUCACCCCACCAUCACCGAUGAGGAGCGCUGCUACAUUGAAGAGAGUAUUGGGGAGAGUGCCAAGCUCAUGGGUCCUUCAGAGAAAUUCAAAACCCCAUGGAAAAAGUUCUUCACCUCAAUGCCUGUCUAUGCAAUCAUCGUGGCAAACUUCUGCCGGAGUUGGACCUUCUACCUGCUGCUGAUCAGCCAACCUGCAUACUUUGAGGAGGUGUUUGGCUUUGAGAUAAGUAAGGUUGGUAUACUGUCUGCCCUUCCUCAUCUGGUGAUGACUAUCAUCGUGCCCAUUGGUGGUCAGCUGGCCGACCACCUGCGCAGCAAGAACAUCCUGACAACCACCACUGUAAGGAAAAUCAUGAACUGUGGAGGAUUUGGCAUGGAGGCCACUCUGCUGCUGGUGGUGGGAUAUUCCCACAGUAAAGGGGUGGCCAUCUCCUUCCUCGUGCUGGCGGUGGGUUUCAGUGGAUUUGCUAUAUCAGGUUUUAACGUCAACCACCUGGACAUAGCUCCUCGCUACGCCAGUAUCCUGAUGGGCAUCUCCAACGGUGUUGGGACUCUGUCUGGAAUGGUGUGUCCACUGAUUGUUGGUGCAAUGACAAAAAACAAGACUCGAGAAGAAUGGCAGUACGUUUUCCUGAUAGCUUCACUGGUACAUUAUGGGGGCGUGGUCUUCUACGGCCUCUUUGCGUCUGGAGAGAAACAGCCUUGGGCCGACCCAGAACUGACCAGCGAGGAGAAGUGCGGCUUCAUCGAUGAAGACGAGCUGGCCGAGGAGACUGGAGACAUCACUCAGAGUUACGGUGCUUUCGGAGGCCCCGCUAAAACGUACGGUGCGACCACGCAGGUGAACGGCGGCUGGGCCACAGGUUGGGAGAAGACGGAGGAGUACGUCCAGGAGGAGGCGCAGGGCGGGGGUUAUGGAUACAGGCAGGAUGAGGGAUACUCUUAGAGCCAGCACACCGGGAUGGCCAACCACACUCAUUCGCCUGAACAUGCAUCAGAUUUAUUCAGAAUUAUAAGAAAAAAAGAACCAAAAAAUAGCCAGAGUCCAUUGUCAUGUUUGCACAAAUUCUAAAAAUAAAAAUAUAUAAAUAAAACUCAAUGUAAGAAUAAUGAAAAAAUAUAUAUAAAAAAAGAUUUAUGAUAUUUGAUCAAUAGAGAUGUAGCACAUAUCAAAUUGGCCGUCUGUAUAUGUACUAUUAUGCAUAUUUAAGAUAGAUAUAUUUAUUUUGAGUGCAAUUGUGAUUAAAUGUAAACAUUUUCAUCACGUGUUGAGGCUUCCCAGCCUCACUGAAGCCUUUAGGGUUUCAACCAAACGACAUGAGAGCUGUCACAUGAACGGCAGUAAGACAACCAUUUCAGUGUACAAAUAUGUCACUGCACAGCACAGUAACUAGACACUAAGUUAAGAUAGACCGUACUGUAUAUCUCCUGAUGCACUCACACUAGUGUCUUUUCAAUGCACAACUUUGUAGUUUUUGUUUUCCGAUCACUGGCUUCUGUGUGUGAGUUUGUGUGUGUAUGUGUGUGUGUAGAGUCCUGUUUGUGAGUCCUGCUGGGACCUUAACUUGUGGCACAAUGACUUGUAAUGUGGUUACACAUGCAUACAUUUUUUUUAUUUGAACAAUAUGUUUAUAGAGAAAUUGUGCUCACUUCUAAAUUUGUAUUUUUUUUCUUUUUUUGUCUCAUCGAAGCCAUUCCACUGAUUGUAUUGCACAUUGUUGUCGGACCACUUAAACUUUUACAUUUUAUGUCAAACUAAAUAUAGAUAUAGACAGAAGUGAUCAUAUAUAAAACUUUAAACAUUAUAACACCACGCAAAUAGUGGUGAUUGAUGACCUUGAAGGGUCUAUAUCAUGCUAUACUUAAGUCUUUCAGAGUAAAUUAUAUCCAUAGAUUUGAUCAUAUAUUACCUUUGUCACACUAAAGAAUAAAAUUAUGAUAUAUGAGUUAUUUUUGUGGGCUCUUUUCAUACCCAUAAGAUGCCUCAAUUGAUGAGGCUCCACCUUUCGUUUUUUGAGGGUGCUGCCCAUUUCAUGACGUCAUCAUAGAGCCGGCCUCAGUAGCGUUUUUGCAUUUUGCCCAUGAAAACAAACAUCUGAACUUUUUGCUCAGAAAGUGGGUAUGUGUUAGCCUGGAGGCGGUACUGGCAGACGCUUCCUGGAAGGGGCUGUUCCUCUCUUUCAUACAUGAACAAGGGAAGACCAACUCGUUUUUGGAGAUCAGGAGAGGCUGGUGCUUCUCAGAGAUGCCUGAAUGAAUCAAAAUACUGCUUUGGGGUUGUUUUUCAUGAGGAAUAAACACUAUAAAGCACUCAAAAAUAGUUUAUUUUGCAUGAUAUAGGCCCUUAAAAAAGGGAAAUCCAAAUCAGUGUUAGUGUCUUUAUAGCUUAGAGCCAAAAGUCAAAUUAUUCUAUUUUAAAGAGACAGAUGAAGAUGAUUUAUGGUAGUGUAACACAUAUGCACCAUGGGAUGAGUGCAAAUUUAAAUGCAUAUUGGCAAAACCCCUGAAAUCAAACCAUAACUUUAAAGUUUUUCUUUGAUUUGUAAUUUUCCAGCUUUAAUUGACUUUUAGUUCAUAUAGUGUGGUAUAUGUGUGAUUAAGAACACAUAAAAUAGGUUUUGUUUUGUCUUUUAUCAAGUAUUUCAUGAUGACCAGGCAGUUUGAAUGAAAACAAAAUCACUGGUUGUUCUAAAAUGUCUGUUAGUUUCUUUUCAGUCUGAUCUUUGUUCCUGUUUCUCUUUAGAUGUGCACAAAAACACCUAUUUUUUGAGUCAUUAUAGAAGUUGUAAACAUUCCUAAUCAAGUAUUUGAUACUUGUUUACAUUUAGAUGCAGUUUACAUAAAGUUAACCUAAAGAAGAAGAUGCUUUGUUGCAGCUAAAGCCAUGAUUUAGUUUAGGUGAAGUUUGCAUUUGUAGAAGUGAUGCUUUUUGGGCUUUGCCGAUGUAGACCUUAAGGAAAAUAUAACGUUAUAUGAAUCAUAAAUUUCGCUUUCCAAGUAGAAUCGAGAGAUGGAAAUUCUCCUAACAGGAGGAACAAUCAACCUGAAAAACCCUCCAUGCUUUCAUUCGCAAAGCAGAUCUGAAGAGGGAAAGAUUUGAUUCAUUUUGUCAUGAAACUGUAGUGAGUCCAUGCAUCACCUCACCUUCUAAAUGUGUCUGGUUGUGUAUUUAUGCAUGGAACAAAGUGAGGUUUGUGUUUUGUAUUUUUUUAUUCCCAUUUUUAUUUGUUGUUUUCAAUGUUUCUCCUUUUUUUUCUUUUCAGAAACUGUUACUUAUGCUUAAAUUUCUUUGCACAAUAACCAAAGGUGAGAAGCGGAUUUGGGUUUUUAGCUGGAAAUCCAAUAUUUAAAAAAUGUACAAACCAUCAGCAUUGAGGUCCACACUAGAGAAGCCUGCAGCGGGCAGUCGGCACCAAACAUGACUCAGUGUACAAAGCAAUAAAUCCAUAGUAACAGUUCUGGUCAAGUGUCAUGAACCGUCGUUGGGUUUUUCUUUCAGCAUUUGUUUAGAAGUCGUGUUUUUGUGUAAACAAAAUGUAGAAAAGAAAUACUUGUAAAGAAAAUAGGAACAUAAAUGUAUGAAAAUAUAGUAACUUGAGUCCAACACAAAUGUCCCAGACGCCACAUGUCGGGGAGUUUGUGGUCGGGCUGCUCACCAGAUGAGAAUGAUACGAAGAGCCCCACCAGAGAGGCGGGCGCUCUUCUUUUUUUUAAGUUUUUGCUUUGGUGUGGUCCACACUAACUGUACGCUAUCGACCCUCCUAUAUCUGUCACUCUCUUUCCCUCCUCAUUUAGCUGAAUUUGUGUCUUUGGUUCAGUGGCAGGACCCCCAUCGCUCUUCCUGUACCUGCUUCCCCCUGUACAGCCCCGCCCCAAACACCUCUCUCACUGUCACAAAAAUAUUCAUUGACAUUAUGGAUGAAACCUUAACAAAGCGAUUCAGAAUAACUGAAAAAUGUGCAAUUUGAAAUAGUGAGAAGUUUCCUGUUUUUGUGCCUCUGAAGUUGCAGUGUGAUUCUAUGGCUUCUGUUGCUGUGUAAAGUGAGAGGUUUGUUGAUGUCAAAAUGAAAUACUCUAUAUCCUUUUUGAUAUAAAAAACCUAAACAAGUU